GCGAUCAAUGCGCCGGCCAUGUCGUGCUCCAAGGGCAGGGACAACCUGGUGCCGCAGUUCACCUUCCACCUGAACCACAAAGUGCUUGCGCGCAGGGUGACCGUGGGCAAGUACGACGGCCUGCACCCGUGCAUCACCGCGGCCACGGCCUCCGACAAGGUGCUGGUGCACAACAACAACCGGCAGCAGCGCAGCGGCGACCGCUGGGAAGGCGGCGGGGACGUGUCCCUGCUGAACGUCAACCAGACGGUGAGUUGCGUGGCCGCCGGCUGCCUCAAGCCCGGAGCCAAGGAGGACGUGCUGCUGGUCGGGACGCCCACGGCGCUGCUCGCCUACGACGUGGAGAACAACUGCGACCUCUUCUUCCGCGAGGUGGCGGACGGCGCCCACAGCGUGGCCACGGGCUACUUGGGCAGCCGGAGAAACCCCGUGGUGCUGGUGGGCGGCAACUGCUCCAUCCAGGGGUUCGACCACGACGGAGAGGACGUCUUCUGGACGGUGACCGGAGACAACGUGAGGGCGCUCGCCCUGUACGACUUUAACAAGGACGGCCUGAACGAGGUGAGCGGGCGAGCUCGUCCUGCGCAAAUGUACGGCACGGACGAAGAAGCGUCAAUCUCUGCGCAGCUGCUCGUCGGCUCCGAGGACUUCGACAUCCGCGUGUUCCGCGACGACGUGAUCGUGGCCGAGAUCGCCGAGAACGAGGCCGUCACGGCGCUCUGCCCGCUGACGCACGAGUGCUUCGCGUACGCGCUCGCCAACGGCACCAUCGGCGUCUACCGGGCCACCGAGCGCCUCUGGAGGAUCAAGUCCAAGAGCCAAGCCGUGUGCCUUCACGGCUACGACAUCGACGGCGACGGGCGGCCGGAGCUCAUCACCGGCUGGAGCAAUGGCAAGGUGGACGCGCGCAGCCUGUCCACGGGCGAGGUGGUGUUCCGCGACAGCCUGGCGCACGGCGUGGCGGGCAUCGUGCAGGCCGACUACUGCCUCGACGGGCGCGAGCAGCUCAUCGUGGUCUCGGCGGCCGGCGAGGUGCGCGGCUACCUGGCCGCGUCGGCCGAGCUGCGCCAGCAGGCGGCCGACGCCACCUUCGAGCAGGACACCGUGCGCGAGCUCAGCCACAAGAAGCAGACGCUGCUGCAGGAGCUGCGCAACUACGAGACCAGCGCGGAUGCCGGCCAGUGCGGAUCCAUUCCGGCCAACACGCAGCUGAAGACCCUCCUGGCUAUCAACUCCGGCUCCGGCGGCAUCCCGCCACACGUCGAGGUGGCCCUGGAGACCAACAACGAGACCGUCAUCCGGGCGGUGAUCCUCUUCGCUGAAGGCAUCUUCGACGGAGAGAGCCUCGUCUGCCACCCGAAGGCCGAGCAGGUGCAGCGCGAGGUGAGCCUGCCGCUGUGGCCACCCAGGGACCUGGCCGUCGACCUGCACCUGAAGGUUCUCGUGGGGCAACGCGACAGCGGUCACUUCCACGUGUUCGAGCUGUCGCGGCAGCUGCCCCGCUUUGCCGCCUACCUGCUGCUGUCGGAGAAGGAGCCGCGUGACAGGGCCUCUGCAGGGAGCGUCCGCUUCCGCAUCAACGACAGGCCACACAGGGUGGCGUCGUGGGUGAACCAGAACUUCCUGCUGCCCGAAGACCUGUGCCAGGCCGGCACAUCUUUCCGGGUGAGCUUCGUGGCAUUGCGAUGCCUCAAGCCUAUCACCAUCGAUGCGGACGCCAGCGGAGAGGUGAGCAUCGAGACGGACCUGAUGGACGUGGCCGCCGACAUGGUGCAGUCCCUGGCUGCUUACCUGGAGCUGGAGCAUCUCGAGUCUAGGGCGCACUUCCCCGACGAGUACGCCCGCCUCAGAUCACUUGUCGACAAGGUUCGAGAGCACGAGUCUGCGAGGCUGACCAUCUCGGCCAACAUGGCAGACACCGCCAGCAUAGUCCGCGGCCUGCUGCUGCGCGCCGAGGACUGCCGCCUGCUACGGGACUACGACGGGAUGCGCCGCUGGUACCAGGAGCUGCAAACACUGAACCGAGAGCUGGUCAGCGACCACCGGAUGCGCUGCCAGAGUCACGAGGAGCUGUCGCGCUGCGUGCGCAUGCUGAACCGGGGCAUCGAGCGGGCCGCCGGUCUAAGGGCGGGCCGCCACAAGGCCACCACUGUGGCUGCCUGCCGACAGGCAUUAGCACCACCCGCCGACGGCGACGCGCUGCUGCAAGCACUCAGGGGAAGCUGAGCAUUAGCUGGCAAAGCAGACGACCCUCAGCAUUAAAUAAAUCGAGCUAUCCCCAAUCCUGAAAAAAAUUCCUGAUGUGUGGUAUGGCCAGGUGCGAACAAUGUGUUGUCAAUUAUUUCUGAAUGAAAUGAAAAAACUGAGUGCUAAUGGUUGGAGUAACAUUGGUG